CCGAAACUGGUCAAAUGGCUGCUAACCAAGCAGGGCACAUAUAUUUUGGCGGCAAAUAAAGGAAAGUGAAAAAGGAUGGAUGUUGAGAAAAUGUUGCAGAGGAGGAUCUGUGAAGAGAGAAGCUGUGUGAAAGAUGAAACGAUAGAGAUAAUUAUCUUUGAAUUUCAGAAUAAUAUCAGAAUUGCCAAUACGACGGUACCGCUCGAUAUGUUUUGCCAUCAAACUACACUGUAAAUUUGAAGUACCCGCAAAUUAGUUCGGAGAAUCCCAAGCUGUAUACUCGAUCGAUCGCAAUGGCUUCAGCCCUCUCCUUCUCCCUCUGGCUCUCGGGGUACCUUGCUACAUCGCCGGAGCGUUCAAUCAACGAUGUUUUUCCGUCCGUCCGUCCGAACAUCUCCUGCUCCGCCGCCACAUUCUCUAUUUCUUCGGUACCUUCAAAGCACACACGCUUAUGCACAUAUGGUGGGACUAUGUUGUUGAACAGUUAUAGUGGUGUGAAACUAUGGAUGCCUGAGAAUGUGAACUCUCGAUUCCCAGGCAGAGUCUGGUCAAUGUGUCAUUCUGGAACGACUCCAUUUCAGGAAGCUGGAUCUUCAUCCCCUGUUGCAUCAAUUAUCUCAACCCUCACAGAGGCCACCCAGUUUGGAAGAUCACCCGCUAUUAGCAUUGUUGUCAUUGGGGCUACUGGUGUGCUAGCUAUGAGAAAAAUAUUCCCCGCCCUCUUUGCUCUGUAUGACAGCGGUCAACUACCAAAAAACUUUGCUAUAUUUGGAUAUUCCAGAAAAGAUAUAACAGAUGAAGGACUGAGAGAAAUGAUAGCAACCACUUUAACUUGCCGCAUCAGUGAGAAACAGAACUGUGAAGACAAAAGGGAAGCUUUUCUCAAAAGAAUACACUGCCUUAAUGGAGGGCUUAACAACAGAGAAGGAACUUUAAGGCUUCAGAUCUUAAUGGAAUAUGUAGAAGGAAAUUUUGAAACAAACAGGAUUUUUUACCUGUCUGUGCCGCAAGAAGCACUCUCAGAUAUUGCAUCGUCAAUUGCUGAAAAUUCCCAGACCAAUAAGGGGUGGAAUCGUAUAAUCAUUGAAAAACCAUUUGGAAGUAAUUCUUUGUCUUCUCAUCACUUGACAAGCUCUCUGCUUUCAGACUUCGAAGAGAAACAGUUAUAUAGGAUAGACCAUCUUCUAGGAAGGAAUACUAUUGAAAACCUCACUGUGCUAAGAUUCUCUAAUCUUGUUUUUAUGCCAUUAUGGAAUCGGAAUUACAUACAAAGUGUACAAAUCAUUUUUUGUGAAGAGACAGGGAUGCACACUCCAGCAGGGUAACCAACAUUCUUUAAAGUCCAUCUAAAAAUUCUUGAAACUCAAAAUUGAUGCUGUUAAAGGCGAUAGGCGUCUUCAACAGCUAUCAGGAUGCAUCCGGUAUAAUAAGUGAUGUUGUACAUAGUCACAUACUUCAAACUAUUUCUUUGCUUGCUAUGGAACCUCCUGUCACAUUAGAUGGCGAAGAUGUUCGUAAUGAAAAGGUCAAGGUAUUGAGAUCAAUCCGAAAAAUAGAACCCUCUGAUGUCAUCCUUGGAUGGUGUGAUGCCAAUCUCGGGGGUAAGCUAGAUGAUAAUUUUAGCAACCUCGCACCAACAUAUAUUUCUGCUGCGUUAUACAUUGACAAUGCUCGCUGGGAUGGUGUACCAUUUCUUAUAAAAGCAGGCAGGGGACUCACAAAAAACAGAGUUGAAAUAUGCAUAUGAUUUCGACAUGUUGCUGGAAACCUUUACCAUAAAGACAAUGUGCAUAAAGAUUUUCUUACUACCAAUGAUCUGAUUCUACGUGAUAUGCUUGAAGAGUCAAUCCUAGUCAGAAUAAACAACAAGGUUCCAGGACUAGGCAUGCAUUUGGACACAUCAGAAUUGAAUUUGCUCUACAAGGACAGGUACGAAACUGAGGUACCCGAUUCGUAUGAGCAACUUCUCCACGAUGUCAUCGAUGGAGACAACCACCUGUUCAUGAGAAGUGAUGAGGUCGCCGCUUCGUGGGACAUAUUGUCUAUGUUACUUGAUGAGAUGCACUGUGGCAAUAUAGCGUUUGAACAUUACAAGUUGGGGAGCGAGGGUCCACAUAAGGCGGCUGCUGGCCUGUGGGCAAAACAUAAUGUACAAUGGCUGGAUGACUAGGAAGGCAGUCUUGUCACAGAUUUAGGAAAAGUUUGGUUGGAUAUACAAGACUACGAUUGAUAAAAAACGAAGUAAGUUUAGGCUAUGUAGCUCAAGUUGUUCUUAGUUGACAUACAAGAGCACUAAGGAAUAUAAGGAAAUAAAUUUAAUAAUGAUUAUGUCUUUAAGGCCAUGUCUUUAAGUUUAGUAAGCCAUACGUUAACACUCGCUCAAGUUGAUGCACGUAGAGAGAGACUGGACAUCAUGAGAAAUGCCCACCUUGGGAGACAAUUUGUUGAAAC